UCACUUCUCUCAACAUAUCGUCAUCUCCGCCACAUUGUAGCACAACUGCUCAUCCCCAUCUCACUUUAUAUCACCGAAAUCUCACACGGCCUUUGUCACUCAAUCCAACAAUCAGUGUGUGCCCAAAGUCUCGCUCUAUGUGCCAAACCACUUGAUGAACGCCAAGUAUCGAAAAGACAUUUGGAAAGACAACGGGAACAUACAGCCUUUUUCAUAGCGUUCCACAGCUACAAGUGCUCGGAAAAGUCGGAAAUAGUUCAAAUGUCACGUUGCCCCGGCAGUGUUGAGUGAAUCUUGAGAGCAAAUAGUGAUUCAUUUCUUAUCCUGAACAAUCCAGGAUGUAAGUCUGCAUUGUUGCUGGUCGAGGAGAGUGGACUAUUUAAGAUUACAUUAGAUUUUAGAUGAAAGCUGUGGUGUGUGCACGUUGAGACGAGAGCUGAUAGAAAUCGGCUGGCAUUAUGAACGUGGACUGCGAGGGUGAGAGAAAGUCGAUAUCUGGUCAAGAAUUAGAGGUGGAAUUUCAGGGAAAGUGUGGGUUCUUCUGACCGAGGAAGGAAGGAGAAAAUAUGAGAAAAUCAAGACUGCCGUUGGGAAGGAAUCAUCUCAAGUGGACUCAUCAUCUCUUCGUAAUCCUCGCCCUAUGGAUAACCAUGGGCCUCGCCAGACGAAGUCAACAACAGUCUGAAAACUUCAACCCCAACAACAGUGGUGGUGGUGGUGGGGGGCACGUGAUUGUUCCCAUGAACAGUGGCCGAAAUGCGCUAAGAGAUCGGCUCUACUACAACCCGCAGCCACAGUACACUUUCAACUCUCGAAAGGCGCCGGGUCAUGACCUGCAGCCCAACUUUUUCCUCCGAUCAGAAAAUGAGUCCCCAAUUGGUUACCCCAUGGUGCGAAGGGGGACUUCGACGAUUGAGUCGAAACUGUCCUCCUUCCCCCCGUCGUCCUUCCCAGCAAUCGCGGCCCACCUCGAUAACACCAUGAGCAACAAACUGCUGGAUGCUGGUGUUCAGAACCAGUUUCUCCCAACCCCCUCCCAACAGUCGAACGGUGGUGGUGGUGGGGAUAACGGGAGGAGGAACGUAUUCCCCCCGAGUGUGCAUAGUGGGAACAGUAAGAAGCAGAGAAAAAAGACGUACCCCUCUCGAUCCGCCAGUGUCAACAGCAUUCUGAGACUGGACCCAGACCGUUCCGUUUGGGACGAGGCUGCAGCAGUUUGCAGAACAAUUCCUGGACUGACAAGGGAACAGAUGGAACUUUGUUUCAAAAACCCUGACGCAACCAAAGUCGCACUGCAAGGAUUGUCACUAGCAGUGGACGAGUGUGCUUUCCAAAUGUCGAAAAACAGGUGGAAUUGCUCAUCUCUGCAAGGAAGACUCAACCCCCAUAGCACCGUCCUCUUCAAGAAAGGUUAUCGGGAGGUCUCAUUUGGUCAUGCCAUUUCCGCAGCCGGCGUGGCAUAUUCUGUGGCCAAGGCGUGCAGUCAGGGCAAUUUGCUCAGUUGUGGUUGUGGCUUCCAGUAUGAUGACCAAGUCAAUUUCAUCCCCUCAAAGGACGCCGACUACGCGUUUGACGAAAGCAACGAGUCAAGUUUGAAGCGCUGGAUGGGAGGAGGAGGUGGAGGCAGGAACAGCAUCUCCUCCUGGAAAUGGUCUGGCUGUUCUCACAACAUGGAUUACGGCGUCAAGUUCGCCAAACUCUUCCUGGACGCAAGGGAACGAUCGACGGACUUGCCAUCAAGAAUCAAUCUCCACAAUAACAGGGUUGGAAGAACGGCCGUUUCCACGAACAUGGAGGUCCGCUGUAAAUGUCAUGGCCUGUCGGGAAGUUGCGAAUUGCGAACUUGUUGGCGUUCAGCUCCCGAAUUUCGUCAGGUUGGGACCGUAUUGAAGAACAAGUUUCGCCGAGCGGUGAUGAUUGACCAGUCCGAACUGGGGAACCGACCUCUGAACAGGAUACAAAAGCUGAAGAAGCAGCGGAGGAAGCGUCGCGAUCGGACCAAGCGGAAUAGUGGGAACAUUGACCUUUGGUACUACGAGAGGAGUCCGACCUACUGCGAGUCCAACAGUGACCACUCCAUUCCGGGGACGACGGGGCGUGUGUGCAAUCGGACGGGGGGACGAGAAAUGGGGAGUUGCAGUACCCUCUGCUGUGGGCGAGGAUACAACACCAUCCGCCAAGUCUACACGACGAGGUGUCAGUGCCAAUUCAUUUGGUGUUGCGAAGUUACCUGCAAAAACUGCACUGUCGACGAGUACAUAACCGUUUGUAAAUAGAGGGCGACGCGAUAUUUUAGGCUCUGACAUAUUUAUUUUAUUUUAUGACCUUUGUGGUUGGCAUCUCCUCCUGAAAUUACUUUUGUUUAUUGUCAUUUCCUGAACUGAUGUACGUAAUCUAUACAGAUAGACUUUUAGGCAUUGUAAUUAGUAGUAGAUCAUACACUGAGGAACUCGGUGUGUUGUGUACAUUUGCAUAUCACGUAGUAGAUAGAUACUUAACUCUGCUGUGUUCCAUAGAUUAAAUUUAUAUAUGCAUUCCACUUUUUUGUAGAUUACAUCAAUGUAUAGGAAAUCAGUCAUUCAUUCGCCAUCGUCAUCAUGUGGGCAAACAUUUUUUAUUGCGCGUUGUAAAAAAAUCUCACAUGGAAGAGGUACAUAAUUGUUGUACAGGAUGAAUAUGAAUAAUUAGCACUCACCUGCUCGCUCUAAAUAAUUGCUUGCAACUGAAGACGAUGGGGAAGGACACAUUUCAAAAGUUGACAGUUUAACGAUACGAUGACGAAGAGAGAAGCUAGUGGUCGUCAUCGUGUUACAUAUUUCAGAUCGAUGCAUCCCAGCAGAUUUAUUAUCAGUAUUUGAGAGGUGACAUGUUGCUAAUUGACACUCAUCCUGUCACCCUCGUCAUCUUUCCCAGACGUCACCCUUAACAUGAUUCAUCUCUUGUGCACAUGUAUUACGUAAGCUGGACGAGAUUAUACAAAUGAGAGAUUACUUACUAAAAUACUAUUGAGGAUCUUCACUUCUACAUCUGGAUCAGAUCCAUGCAAAAGAUUAUUAAAUGUGAGACACUCGUUUCGACUAAUAAAUAUCUACAUAGAUAGGUUUGGAUUUCUUCCCUUUUUUACUCGACAUUUAAAAAUUCUCACAGCUUAAAGAUAAUAAAAAACCCUCGUAGAAUUGCAGUUUUGUCUAGAAAUACGUCUAUUAAACUAACAUUCAUGUCUCAACCAUUGUAGAAAACAGUCAUUAGACAUAGGAUCAGCAAUCAUAUUUAAAUACAUAGUUGUAUUAAGUACUUAGUUGUCCAAUUUUCUUGGCCCCGCAUUCCGAUGAUACAUAUUUACAUACAGAUCAAAUUUUCAUUCAGUGAAUAUAUUUUUAUCAUAAUCCUAACAAUUUCAGCCCAGCUUUCUUACUUACCGGUAACGUGUUUGCAUACACAAACGACGACAUAUUUGCUGAAACUCUUAUUUGUUUUUUUGUAUUCGUAACAUUGAGCCAUUCCAUUUUUGGUAAUAACCAUAUUUUUAACUUUUUAAUGAUUAAUUGUGUCUGUUCCAUGUUAUUUUUAUCGCCGGAAUCAUCCUUGCAAAGCAGUAUUACUCGUUGUAAGAUAAGUUGAGCCAUAUUCCUCGUACGUAUUUAGCAUAUUAUGCAAUGAAAUUACCAAUACCUACACAAUAUAGAGAUUCACAUUAACGUGUCAAGUUUAUAAUGCGUGGCAUUUGAAAUAAAUCAAAAUGAUUUUGAAAAUUA